AUGGCUGCGUCUCAAGAAUUUUACAAAUCAAAACGCGCGACCAUCAAGGGAAAACUCACAAGAAUAGCGAACUUCCUUAAGAGUUUUGAUGAGAAAAGUAACACUUUUGCUGAAAUCAAAGCGCGUCAAACGGAAUUGGAGAAAAUAUUCACUAGUUUUGAUGAAGUUCAAUCUGCGAUCGAGGAAUUCGAUUAUGAGUUAGCCGAGAAAAGGGCAGCCCACGAAAAGGAUAGGGAAGAAUUUGAGGCAAAAUACUUCUCUACAACAUCACAAAUGGAAGCUCUUUUAACCAAGGACUCGAUAAGAACGUCAGAUAAUGAAAAGCCGCGUGUGAAAUUACCACAGUUGGAGAUCCCAAGGUUUGGAGGUGAUCUACAGCAAUGUCGACAGUCGACGAGGGCAACUUACCAG